AUGGCGGAAGAGGAGGUGGCCAAGCUGCAGAAGCACCUGGCCCUGCUGAGGCAGGAGUAUGUGAAGAUGCAGCAGAAGCUGGCCGACACGGAGCGGCGCUGCGCUGUCCUCGCUGCUCAGGCCUCCGGCCAGGGCGCCUCCGGCCAGGGCUGCUCCAGCCCGGCCGCAGCAGACACCUUCAUCAGCCGUCUGCUGGAGAUCGUGGCCAACCUCUACCAGCAGGAACAGUACAGUGACCUGAAAAUAAAGGUUGCAGGGGACCAGUUUUGCGCUCACAGGUUCGUGCUGGCUGCCCGCAGUGAUGUCUGGAGCCUGGUUAACAUGGCCUCCACCUCUGAACUGGACCUAACCGAUUGCAAACCUGAGGUUGCCAUGGCAAUGCUGCGCUGGGCCUACACAGACGAAUUGGAGCUGAGUGAGGAUGACGCCUUCCUUAUUGACCUGAUGAAACUGGCCAAUCGCUUCCAGCUUCAGCUCCUCAGAGAGAGGUGUGAAAAAGGGGUCAUGUCAUCAGUGAAUGUCAGGAACUGCAUUCGCUUCUACCAGACAGCUGAGGAGCUAAAUGCCACCACACUGAUGAACUACUGUGGAGAGAUCAUCGCCAGCCACUGGGAUGAUUUAAGGAAAGAAGAUUUCAGCACCAUGAGUGCCCAACUUCUGUACAAGAUGAUCAAAUCUAAAACAGAGUAUCCUCUCCACAAAGCCAUCAAAGUCGAACGUGAAGACGUGGUGUUCUUGUAUCUCAUUGAGAUGGACUCCCAGUUACCUGGUAAGCUAAACGAACUAGACAACAAUGGUGACCUGGCCCUAGACCUGGCGCUUUCCCGUAAAUUAGAAAGUAUAGCCACUACUCUGGUUAACAACAAAGCUGAUGUGGAUAUGGUGGACCAGAGUGGCUGGAGCCUCCUACACAAGGCAAUCCAAAGAGGUGAUGAAUUUGCUGCCAUCUUCCUCAUUCGCCACUCAGCUCAGGUGAAUGCAGCCACAGUGGGGGCGGUGGAAACCCCACUUCACUUAGUCUGUUCUUUCAGCCCCAAAAAACACUCUGCAGAGGUGAUGAGCGGCAUGUCUCGGAUCGCAGAGUCCCUGCUCAAAGCUGGAGCCAACCCUAACAUGCAGAACAGCAAGGGCAGGACUCCUUUGCAUGAAGCCGUGGCAUCGGGAAACGAUGCCGUGUUCAAUCAGCUACUACAGUGCAAACAGCUUGACUUGGAACUCAAGGACCACGAGGGCAGCACAGCUCUGUGGCUUGCCCUGCAGUACAUCACCAUGUCCUCAGACCCCUCAGUCAACCCAUUUGAGGAAGAUGCACCAGUAGUCAACGGCACUUCGUUUGACGAGAACGGUUUUGCGGCCCAGCUUAUCAAAAGAGGAAGCAACCCUGAUGCUCCUGACACUGCAACAGGAAACUGCCUCAUGCAGAGAGCUGCUCGGGCAGGUAGUGAGGCCGCUGCCCUUUUUUUAGCCACUCAUGGGGCAAAGGUUAACCAUGUAAACCAAUGGGGUGAAAGCCCUCUUCACACAGCAUGUUGCUGUGGCCUGUCCAGCCUGACCGCUGAGCUGCUCCAGCAAGGGGCCAACCCCAACCUGCAGACCGAGAAGGCACUGCCGAAUGACACUACUGGUGGGGCUAUGCAAACGCCCCUCCACAUGGCCAUUGCCCACAACCACCCAGAUGUGGUGUCUGUCAUCCUGGAGCAAAAAGCCAACGCACUACAUGCCACAAACAACUUUCAGAUCAUUCCAGACUUCAGUCUCAAAGACUCAAUGGACCAGACAGUCCUCGGCCUGGCCCUCUGGACAGGUAUGCACACCAUAGCAGCUCAGCUGUUGGGCUCGGGGGCAUCUAUCAACGACACUAUGUCCAAUGGACAAACCCUGCUUCACAUGGCCAUCCAAAGACAGGACAGCAAGAGUUCUCUAUUCCUACUUGAACAUCAAGCAGACAUCAAUGUCAGAACACAAGAGGGACAAACAGCACUACAGCUGGCCAUCAGUAACCAGCUUCCACUUGUGGUGGAUGCUAUUUGUACAAGAGGGGCUGAUAUGUCAGUGAUUGAUGACAAAGGGGACCCUCCUUUAUGGCUGGCCCUUGAGAAUGGCCUGGAAGAUAUUGCAUCUACGCUGGUCCGACAUGGCUGUGAUGCCACUUGCUGGAGCACAGGGCCCUCUGGCUGCCUGCAGACACUCCUGCAUAGAGCCGUGGAUGAAAAUAACGAGGUCUCCGCUUGCUUCCUCAUUCGCAGUGGUAGUGAUGUAAAUAGCCCCAGGCGGCCAGGUCCUAAUGGGGAGGGAGAUGAGGAAGCCCGAGAUGGACAAACACCCCUCCACCUGGCAAGUAGUUGGGGGUUGGAGGAGGUGGUGCAGUGCCUUCUAGAGUUUGGAGCAAAUGUUAACGCACAGGACGCAGAGGGCAGAGCUCCCAUCCACGCCGCCAUUAGCAGCGGGCACAACGUCAUUAUACAGCUCCUCAUUUCCCAUCCAGACAUUCGACUCAACAUUCGCGACCGCCAAGGAAUGACUCCGUUUGCAUGUGCCAUGACACACAAAAACAAUAAGGCAGCAGAAGCUAUUCUCAAAAGGGAGCCCGGCGCUGCUGAACAGGUGGACAACAAAGGGCGGAAUUUCCUCCAUGUGGCCGUUCAAAACUCGGACAUUGAAAGUGUCCUAUUCCUCAUCAGUGUUCAAGCUAACGUCAACUCCAGGGUUCAGGAUGCAGCCAAGCUCACCCCUCUUCACCUGGCUGUGCAGGCUGGCUCUGAAAUCAUCGUCCGCAACCUGUUGCUUGCUGGAGCCAAAGUGAAUGAGGUGACCAAACACAGACAGACGGCGCUACAUCUGGCUGCCCAGCAGGACCUGGCCACUAUCUGCUCUGUUUUGCUGGAGAAUGGCAUCGAUUUUGCUGCUGAGGAUGAGAACGGCAAUAAUGCUCUGCAUCUGGCUGUGAUGCAGGGCCGCCUUAACAAUGUCAGAGCCCUUCUCACAGAGUCCAACAUUGACGCUGAGGCCUUCAAUCUCAGGGGUCAGUCACCAAUGCAUGUGUUAGGCCAUUAUGGCAAAGAGAACGCUGCUGCCAUUUUUGAGUUGUUUCUGGAGUGCAUGCCGGAAUAUCCCCUGGACAAACCGGACAAUGAGGGAAACACAGUUCUGCUCUUGGCCUACAUGAAAGGAAAUGCAAACCUGUGCCGUGCCAUUGUGAGGGCUGGGGCUCGCCUCGGCGUCACUAACAAUCAGGGCAUCAACAUUUUCAACUACCAAGUUGCCACCAAACAGUUGCUCUUUCGCCUUUUAGAUAUGCUGUCCAAAGAGCCCCCAUGGUGUGAUGGGUCUAACUGCUACGAAUGUGCUGCCAAAUUUGGCGUCACAACACGGAAACAUCACUGCCGCCAUUGUGGGCGCCUGUUGUGCCACAAGUGCUCUAUAAAGGAGAUACCUAUCAUCAAGUUUGACUUGAACAAACCGGUGAGAGUGUGCGACAUCUGCUUUGACGUACUAACUCUAGGCGGGGUGUCAUAA